AUGAGCCGAGUCGAUGUGCUGGCGGAUGACCGCGGCCUCCAGGGAUGCUUCAAGGUGGCAAACAUCCAGCAAGAAUGGGCGCAGGACUUUAUCACCAAGCACAAGUUGGUCACCCUGGACGACUAUAUCUACUCGGUUGCCCAUGAUACAUGGGAAAAGGGUGUGGAAACCUUGGUGUCCCAGGUUCCCACCCUCCGGGACAACAUGAUCGCGCUAGCGCGGUUUCGUAGCGCUUUUGACAUUGGCCGAGAAGCCUUGCGCCAGGCUGCAGCGCCAGCAACGAAGAGUGCCGAUUUGGACGAGCCUCUGCCAGAGGCGACUAUGAAGUCUCUCAACCAGGAUUGGGCUCGCCGGUACAAUUUGCAGCUGGAUCCGUCGUUGGAGCCCUGUGAGGCCCUCCGGUCCAGGCUCUACCGAGAGUUUCGGAAAGGCCAGCUCACGGUCAUUGAGGCUCGCAAAGUCAAGAGCGUCAUCACAGUGGCCCAGCCCAAGACACAAGGGUCGGUUACUCUGGGAGACAACCUCCACUUGGAAUUUGAGAAGGAGGAGGGUAUCCCGAUCAAGAGCUGUGUGGAAUAUUACCUGCAGAUGCGGGUGCUUGCUCAUGCUUUGGCAUGGGCGGGCAACUACCAGGUGGAUUAUGAAGGUGGGCGCCACUGGAUGAUGGACCUUUCCACCGUGCUGGGCUAUGUGGAUGUCGCCUUGCGUAAUUCUAUCGAAUUCGCAGGUGGGUCCAUGUUGUGGCUGCAACGAAACGACGUGCUGACACGGGGCAAGCUGGCGACCUAUGUCAACAGAGGCAUGCCAGGUUCUGUGGCCAUGAAACAGCCCUUGCACGAGACGCACUUGGAGUGGCGGUCUCCCUUGGCUGCCCCGCUGGUGGUGUCCUCUGGGUCUGGGUCCCCAGGGACCACCAAGCGGAAGCAAGAAAGCAGCCCUCUGCCUGUGGGUGAGGCACCGACCAAGCGGCCGCGCACCUUGAAGGCAGAUCGGUGGGCCACAGUGAGCAUGAUCAAGGGCGGUAAGCGAUUGUGCAAGCCGUACAACGACGGCAGGGGGUGCAGCAACUCGCAGUGUGAUCAGAUGCAUGCCUGCGAUGUGAAACUGCCCAACGGAAAGCCUUGCUUGUGUGCUACCCCCGGGGACCCAUGUCUGGAGAUAGCUGCUGCGCUGCCUGCCACGCCUGUUGGACGGGUGGUCUCACUCAGGGACCCCCUGGUGGACCCCCUCCAGCGACCAGUUGACAGAGCGAGUGCUGACCGCCUCCGGGCGGCAAAGCCAGUGGCAUGGCGAGGUUUGGGGGAUCUGCCCCAGUUCACGUGGGCCAAGCCGCUUGUGGGGUCAUGGUUGGUGAUCGACCUUUGGGCUGGCUUCAGUGGGCUGUGUGUGGCCCUCCUUGCGAUGGGGGUGCGUUUUCACGCAGUGGCUGCGGAAAACGACAUUUUCCCUGCCCAGGUGGCGGAACAGAUCAUGCCGCAGGUGGUUGCUGUUGACGCGGUGGAAACUGUGACAGGGACCAUGUUCCGUCCUUUUCUGCAACGUCGGCAAGUCAGAGGCAUUAUUUUAGGCAAAGGUUUCCCCUGCCAGGGCAACUCUAUUUUGAACACUGGCCGAAAAGGGUUGGCUGAUACCCGAAGUCAACAACCUCAAGAGUUGGUACGUAUCCGCCAGGAGCUGCAAGACCUCCCAGAAUGUGCGACCCUGGAGAUUGUCACGUUUUUGGAAAACGUGGCCUCUAUGCCCCGCGAAGUCAUGGACCAGUAUACAGCAUGGAUGGGCUUCCCACCUAUCCUCAUCGAUGCGGGCGCUUGCGGAUGGGUGCAACGGCGCCGGCUGGGUCGCUGCGGGGUGUCUCCUCGUUGCACCCCCCCCGACGGCUGGGUAUGGGUCGAGUCUGGGACCGAUCCCCCCGAGCUGCGCUGGAAGGGACCCAAGCCAAUCCCGGCCAAGGUUCAUUUUGAUCAGAGUUUUGGCCCCCUUUUUGAUGCUGCGGAAGUAGUUAAGGCUGCGGGACAAGGGGCUAUGCAUCCGUUCACCAGGGAGUUUUGGCACCCCUGUGAUCGGGUCAAGCUGGUUCCGCCAGAGGCGGCUGCUAGAUUCUAUCAAGAUGAGAGGCGGUUUCCCCCCUCGGCCUACACAGCAGAGAGUUUGCUUUGGCGCAAGGAUGAGUGGCGUCAGCCGGGGCCUGAGGAGCGUGCCCAGAUGAUGGGGUUUCCUGCGCAGUGCCUUCAGGCCGUUCAGGGACCAGCGGCGGUGCGUCGCCAACGCCAAAACAGUAUGCUUGGCAACGGCUUCCACCUGCCGAUGAUUGUGGCACUUUUCUGCCUGCUGCCAGGUGUGUUGAGUAUGAAGGUACCGCGACCGUUGUUUGACCUCGCGGAGCGCAAAUUGCAGGAGCGUUUGGCGGGUACGGUAUGGGAACCAGGCCGCUUGCAGGUGUUCCCUGGUUUGCUUUCCAGUGACCAGGUGGUGCAAUCCAUGCAGCGGACAGUCUUCGGAUCCUUGCCAAUCUCUGCAAAUGUGUGGCAGUUGACAGCCACCCGGUUGGCUCCCUUGCCAGUGUGGCAACUGCAAGCCUAUACUGCGUGGGCAGUCGGCCGAGGCGCAUCAUGUGAUCAAUUAGGGCCCACCCCGCUGACAACGAGCCAUCGGACAGCUCUGUUUGCAGGACUCACCGGGCAGCGCUACCCGGGCAAUUCCCGGAAGGGCCUGGACCAUUUGCUGCCGCCAGGCGUAGGCAAGGAGGAGCAUAUCAAACAGGCUGUGGGCCUGCCAUCGCCCUUUCGCCUUCGCGAGUGGCCUGAGCAAGAUGUGGAUUUCGUUCUCCACGCCAUUGCAACAUGGCAGCAGGCACUGAUCGGGUACUCUGAGCAAUGCCGCCAGGUAUUUCGACAGGUCUGCACAGCGCUGCUGCCAUUGGAUGAUGAGUUGCGCAAAUUCAGGGUGCACAGUGCAGUGAAAGUGGCCGCUGGGAAAAGGCCUGCCGUUUUGGCGUUUUUGACUGUGAUCCUGCGAUGGCCCGACUUGCAGCAACCUUUGCAGAUGUUGCAGGGCUAUCCUAUUGUCGGGGCACUGGAGCCUAGUGGAGUCUUCCGAUCCAUUACUGCUCGUGAAGCUUUGCCAAAAGAGGAGUGGUUGGGGGAUGCAGCUGUGGCAGCUGUGGAGAGGAUUGAGAGCUCUCGCCCUCCGCGGUUUGCCGAGCGCAUCUAUGCUGCCACAGUUCUUGAGCAACAAAAGCAAUUUUGUUCGCCUUUCCUUACCAAGCGCUGCAUGGAUGAGCGUUUUGGCGUAGGACAGUGGCGACCGCUGCAACGUUUCUUGAUUGUGCAGCCGGAUGGGAAGGAAAGAGUCAUUGACAAUGCACGCAAGACUCUCCACAAUAGUUCAACGGCGAUGAUGGAAACGAUUUACACAGUGCACUUGGACUUCAUCCCGGCCGUUAUCAAGCAACUGGCGCACCGGCUUCAGGUGACUAGCCCAGGGGAUUGGAGUGUCUUCCACCCCUGGGCGCAUUUUCGCCUGGGAACGGAUGAUCUGCCGGAUGCAUAUCGUGGUCUGCCCGUGUGCCCAGAACAUUUGCCAUACUCUGCUGUGGCAGUCUGGGUACCCCAGCAGGGAUGGCGUUACACUAUUUUGUGGGGACUGGCCUUUGGACUCGAAAGUGCUGUAGUCUCUUUCAACCGGCUGCCUCAGCUGGGAAUUGCCGCUACCAGAAGAUGCCUCUAUGGUCUUGCAGCAGCUUAUUUUGAUGACGAGCUGGCCGUUGAAGUGGUGGCAGCAGCCGAUAUUUCACAACAAGCCUUGCGGCUCUUGUUUACUAGUAUUGGCGCUCCGCCCCAGAAAGCCAAGGGAUUUGCGCCUUCACCAGAUCGCCACUACCUGGGAGCCGCGAUUCACUUGGGCUCUGUGAUGACAACGGGUUGUGUCCGUAUCCAGCCAAAAUUCGCGACGGUGGCCAAAGUUGCUGGUCGUCUCCGAGUGGCCAUUGCCAACCGUUGUCUUACCAAAGAGGAAGCUGGCAAGCUCCGGGGCGACAUCACUUGGAUGUUUUCUUUGGCGGCGGGUCACAUGGGCCGUAUCGCCCAGCCUGUCCUGGCCAAGUGCAGCAGUGAUGGCCCGACGCCAAUGGAUGAUGAAGAUGUUGUUACCUUGCAGGUGCUGCUGCGCAUUGUCCUGGACUGUCAGCCUCGCGACGUCCAGGUGUGCGGUAUGGAUAAGGUGCCUUUGGUUAUCUACUCCGAUGCCUCUCUUGAGCAAGGAGUCCUACGCCUGGGGUGGGUAGUGAUGUGUCCGGGUACCUCCUACCAACCUCAAGGGGGGACCUGUGAGGUGCCACCAGAGGUCAUAGAUAGCUGGGUGCCUCGUCGCCAGCAGAUUUACCCAGGCGAGGCCAUUGUGGCCCUGGUCAUUCCGGCUCUCUUGCCUGACCUACUACGAGGCCAGGAUCUCCUGUGGUUCGUCGACAAUGAGAGCGCGACCAGCACUUUGAUCCGCUGUGUCUCAUCUCAGUGUGAUGUCCACGAGAUAGCACAGUUCUCGCACUAUCUGCUGAACAGUUUGGACGCCCGGGCGUGGUUUGAAUGGAUUGACUCCGAGUCUAAUCCUAGUGAUGGGCUGAGCAGAUUAGGAUUAGCAGAUGAGUGGACACAGGCCCAGGGCUGGUCCCUCACCUCUUACACUUUUCCUCCUGGCCUCAGCCGCGGAGAAUUUCUUCAGUGUGAAAGUGUUGAUACCUUUUGGGCCUUGAUGCCAAUUUUGGCUCAAGGACCCACUUUUGGUUUUUCCCCACCCUCCCUCCCGGAUCUCCUCUGCGGAGUGAAGGGAGAGGGUCUUCGACGGGACUUGGGGUCAGCAAUGCUCUUCGGGCCUGGCGUGCUGCUUCAAGUGGCGGUCAGGAGCUGGGAGUGGCAGGAAUUCUUAUCCAAAAUUCUGAGUGAUCACUUCAACCAUCAGCUGCAGCAGCUGCAAGAGAUCUUGGGUGACCGGCAGCUGGUGGAUCUGUCGCAGGUCACCGGAGCCCUUCACAGCUGGGUCACUGAGCACGGGGAUUUCCAACUGGCAUUGCGAGAGAUGGAGCAGCUGCGGAGAGGAGAGCUGCAACAGAAUCCCUCGAGUCCCUAUGCCAUCAGCAUCCGAAACGACCUUGAGGGAAGCCCCUCAAAUGUUCCAGAUCGGAGCGUCUCAGCUGCUGCGGAGCGAGAAAGCAGAGAAAUCCUGGCAGCCAUCCGUGAGCUUCAGCGAAAUUUGGACUUAUCGCAUGAGUUCUCAGCAGUGAUUGCAGCGGUUCAGGAGAAGGAUGUGAAACACACACCUGUUCUGGUGGCACUGCAAGAACAGAAAACGGACAUCAACGCGCAGUUCGACGACUUAAGAGAGAUGCUUCGACAGGGCCCGGACCGGCCACGCUCAUCGGCCAGCAGGAAGCCACAAGCGAAGGCGGAAAGGACGGAGAGCACUGCGGACAGUCAGGAAGCCUUUAAACUGACCAAGAUUUUGGACGCCAUCAAGGACCAGAAGGUUUCUAUCGACUUCUCCGUGGCGCAAGUCCUGAACAACAUCCAGCAGAAGCAGCAAGAGACCAUCGAUAAACUGAUCUUGACCGACCAGCAACUGGAUUUCUUGAAGCAGGGGCUUUCCAAGUUGGGGCAGGAGCCGCUGGUGGGUCAGCGGAGGCUAAUGAGAUAUGGCUUGAUGCAUCGCGCACGUGCCAAAAGCGUUGAUGUGGUCCUGCCCUUCGUGCUGGGAGCCUUGAAACAGAAAGAGAAGACCGAGAUCAAGGUGGGAGCGCUUCGACUUUUGGCCCUCAUGCGAGAUGAGGACACCUUCCGACCAUUGGCCCGGCAGUUGGACAGAAUCAUGCCACACAUUGCUGAGAUGUUGAACGACGUGAAACGAGAAGUCCGCGAAACGGCUGCAGAUACUGCCAGAGUUCUGUUUGAAUGCGCGCAGAACAAGGACCUUGAUCCCUACCUGGUUGAUCUCAUCAGCGCCAUGAUGGACCAGGAAGUCAUCCCCAAAGUGGUGAACCAGCUCUCAGAGAUCGUUUUCGUCCAGUCGGUUGAGACACCAGCCCUGGCUGUGGUCAUGCCACUGAUCCUCCGUGGACUGAAAGACAGAGACGAGAGGACGAAGCGACGGGCAUUGGUGAUCGCCGACAACAUGUGCAAACUGGUCCCAGACGUCACAGAGAUUCAGCCCUUUUUGCCCACGCUCAUCCCUUUGGUGGAAAAAUCGAUCCAAACCAUUUCCGAUCCGGAGGUCAGAAGUGUUGCAAGUCGCUGCUUUGCCACCCUACAAGCAGCGGACAAGGCAGAUCGAAGGAGAUUCAUCAGCAAAGCUUCAGUUGUGGAUUUGCUACAGGAGAAGAUCCCAGCAGCAAAACUACAACUGGUGAGUGAAGUAGUCAUCGACUACGUUGCAUCGCUCUGUGCCUGUAUGAGCGCCUGCAGAAGUUUCGAAUUGGCAGAAUGGUGGCAGUGCAUUGCGCCCUAUCUCUCGCCUUUGAUCUUAUCCGUUGAAGACUGUGAUGACUUAGUGCCAGAACUGCUUGAGAGCUGCUAUGAUGCGGCUGAAGGUGAUGACGUUGAGGAUUUGGAGGAAGAAGGUGAAGACCUUUGCAAUUGCGUCUUCACGCUUGGCUACGGAGCCCUGACGUUGCUCAAUAACACCAGGCUACACCUCAAACGUGGUAAAUGCUAUGGGCUUUGUGGUCCCAACGACUGCGGCAAGAGUACUCUUUUGAAAGCGAUCAACAACGAACAGGUGGAGGGGUUCCCUCCCAAGAGCGAGUUGGUUACGGCCUUCGUGGAGCACGGCGUGGGCGAGACAGAGCCGGAGUGCGAGUGGACUCCGUUGGAAUACAUUUUUGCAGAUGAAACCAUCAAAGCCAUGGGAGAAGAAGAAGGCCCAUUGGCCCAUUGGGCCGACCGUUGUGCAGUUUGCAGCUGGGAGUUCCAUGCCAGUGACAAAGUGACCGGUCAGGUGGUGGCAGCCUUAAGGAGCGUUGGCUUUGACGAUCAGAAGCUGAAGAGCGAGCACUCGCCUCAGUUGCAGCAGCUCGGGCUGGUGCGAGCCAUGCUCAUGUGUGCAGACAUCCUUCUGCUGGAUGAACCAACAGGACACCUGGAUGUUGCAAAUGUGAGCUGGUUGGGCGAUUACUUGCUCAGCCUGGGCAAGGAUGCAACCAGACCAGUCACGACCAUUGUGGUCUCCCAUGACAGCACCUUCCUGGACAAAGUCUGUAGCCAUGUCAUCAAUGUCAAGCAACGAAAGCUGAAGACCUACAAGGGAAAUAUCACGGAUUUUGUGCGCAGAUGUCCAGAGGCGAAGUCCUAUCUCAGCCUCACCAGCGAAAAACAGCGCUUUGUUUUGCCAGAGCCAGGCAUGCUGGAGGGCGUGAAGUCCAAGGGAAAGAAGCUCUUGAAGAUGCAGAAUGUCACCUACACAUAUCCCGGCAACCAGGCGCCGACUCUCUACAAUGUGAGUAUCGAGGUGUCGCUUCUGAGCCGCGUGGCGGUGAUAGGUCCCAACGGUGCUGGCAAGUCCACCAUGAUCAAGGCCUUGGUCGGCGAGCUGCCUAUCACUGGCAAAUCGAUUGUUUGGAAGCAUCCAAAUGUUCGCAUUUCCUACGUUGCGCAACAUGCAUUUCAUCAUGUAGAACAGCACUUGGACAAGACGCCAACCCAGUACUUGUUGUGGCGCUUUGCUGGUGGGGAAGACUGCGAAGCGUUGAAUCAUCGGGCUGAGGAAGUCAAAGUGGAAAAGAGAAAGUACUGGCUCAAUCAAGCUGGAGUUCUGUGCAAAUGUACGAAUGAGAAGGAGGAGGCUUGUGCAGUGACGGCCGAACAAAUUCUGAGCCGAAAGAAGUCCAAAUCCAAAGCCGGCACCGGCGAUGAAAAGUACGAGUACUCCGUAAAGUGGCACAACUUCAGUUUGGAAAGCGCAAUGUGGGUGCCUCGAGAGAUACUUGUCGAGAUGGGCCAUUUGCGAAUGAUACAGCGGGAGGAUGAGAAGCAAGCUGCAGCCCAUGGACUUGUGGCGCGACCUUUGACACAGCCGCAGGUGGAAGAGCACUUGGCGGGCUUUGGAUUGGAUUCCAACCUGGCAUCUCACACCAGGAUUGGAAUCCUGUCUGGUGGGCAGAAGGUCAAAGUGGUUCUUGGUGCGGCAAUGUGGUUGUCUCCACACAUUCUGAUUCUAGACGAGCCGACCAACUAUUUGGAUCGAGACUCUUUAGGAGCUCUGGCAGCAGGCCUCAAAGAAUUUGGAGGUGGAGUCAUCGUCAUUUCGCACAACCGAGAGUUUUGCCACGCAGUUUGCGAUGAACGAUGGGUCAUGAAUGCAGGUCGCUUGAAUCGAGAAGGUGAAGUCAGCAAAGCUGAUGUGGCGUUGGAGGGGAAGGCAAUGGCAGACGAGUACACCGACGAAUUUGGGAAUGUCCACAAGAUCAAGAAAAAGCAGAACCACACGGAGAAGGAACUGAAGAAGAUCAAACGGCAAAAGGAACUUGCUCGCAAGCGUGGGGAUGUGCCUAGGUGGGAGAAACUUCAAGAGGAAGUGGCCAAACCAUUGCCUCAGCAAGGGAACCCGGUGGAUCUUGAAACGCAGAUGACUAGAGUGACUAGCAAGAUUCGCAAUGCAGGUCUGCAGCUGCAGCUUCCAGCUAGGGGUGUUGUGAAGGAGAUGAAGGAAAGUUUGGAAGCCGGUGCCGAUCCCAAUGCCAAGGACGAGUGGGACAACACUGGUUUGAUUUGUGCUGCAAUGAAGGGCGAAACAGAGGCCUGUUCCCUUCUGAUUGAGCACAAGGCAGAUGUGGACUUUCUCAACAAAAAGAACCUCACUGCAGUGUACUUCGCCGCUGAGAAAGGCCAUGUUGACACGCUGAAAGUCUUGCUGGAAGCCAAAGCACAUGCUGACAUCUACGAUGAGCUGAGGCAGACGCCGCUGUUCUAUGCAGCGUGGAAUCAACUCGAGGUGUGCAAAAUCCUGGUGGAGUACGGGGCCAAGGUCGACAAUCAAUCAACAAAGACACAGAACACUCCAUUGCAUGAGGCAGCAAGGGCUGGGAAGACAGACAUUUGCAAAUUUCUCAUUGAAAAAGGUGACGAUCCAACCCGGAAGGACGGCUCGGGUCGUAACCCUUACGAACGUUGUGGCGAUGACUGGAAAGAAUGCAAAGCAUACCUCCAGUCUGUGACCCCAGCAACGGCUCCCGCAGAUGCAAAGGCAGCAGCUGCAGCACCUGCUGAUACGCAACCAGCAGAAACACCCGCUGAGACUCAGACUCCUGCUGAAGCGCCGGCGGCCGAGGCAGCUGCCGCCGAGGUGCCAGCAGCCGAGGCGGCUGCGGAGGUGCCGACAGAGGCAGCGGCCGAAGCAACCGAGGCAGCUGAGGCCCCUGCAGCUGAGCCUGCAGAGCCGGCAGCCGAGGCCGCGCCAGCAGCUGAAGCUGUGACUGUGGCUUUGCCAAUGUGA